AUGAACAAUUAUCACAUUCUGCUUGAUUCUCAGUUCAUCAAGCGACUUCUUCAACCAGAUACCUUCUUUAUAUGCAUUCAUAGCUGCGAUGUACUCAGCUUCAUUGUAGAUAAUGCCACCAUAGACUAUAAUCGGGACAUUCAACUAAUUGCACCACUGGCUAAAGAGAAACAAAAUCCAGUGGUAGAUCUCUGUCUAUCAUGGAUAUCUUCUAGGAAGGGUAAAGAGGCUGCCUCUUCUUUCAAAAGGAGGAAGUCCGCCACCUUUAGGGGAAGAAAUGCAGUCCCAGGUUCCUCUUCAUCAUGGGUCCGUCCUACAAAGGAGCCUUCUGUCGAUCCCAUGGACUUUGAUGAGGGGUUAUUCCAUAGCCUCGAAGCGUCUGUGGCAUGGUCGGUCUUCUCCAAGAAAUCAGUCAUGAUGGAGAAGACAAUGGUGAUAGAGGAUUUUGCAGCUUUUCAGUUGAUAGAGAAAUUCACAGCCCUGGGAAUCUUGGGUAUCUCAGCUGAGGGUGCUCAUUUCUACAAUCCCCCAAGGAUCAAGGUUGUGGGCCUGGACUUGAGCUUAGAGAUGCAGGAGAGCAUCUAUAUGACUAUCAAUGGUAGGAAGGAGAGUCCAUUAUCUGAGACAGCUUAUACCGCCGAUGCCAAAGUGAGAUUUCUGGUUCCGAGCUCACCUCCUAGUUUUGCUGUCAACACCCAUUUUGGGCCAAUAUACACUUAUGUGGUCGAUGGUGCACAUUUGCAACCAGCCAUAUUACAAUCAAAUAUCCAAAUAGCUUUUUCGAAGAACACAUCUCGUACAGUUACAUUCACUAAUUCCUUCCCAAUUGUGCACUGUGCUGCAACAUUACAACUCAACAUAAACGCUGGAGAGAAAUCUGAUGUUGGGCAUAACCUUCUGGCACAAGCUGAUACGGGAUUAUUGCCGAAACAGACCAUCUCUGAAGAUGUUGAAGGUGAUAGUGAUUCUGAUUCUGAUGAAGGGGUUGGUGAUGUGGAUCAUAAGGAAUUACGGAGAAGAAGAAAGAUAGGGUUAGCAAAUAAAGGGAAAAUUCCUUGGAACAAAGGCCGGAAGCAUAGUGCAGAAACCCGCACUCUGAUCAAGCAGAAAACUAUAGAAGAUUUGAGUGACCCCAAGGUAAAGAAGAUGUCCGAGUACCCUCAUGCUCAUACCACGCAAAGCAAGGCAAGAAUAGGCUAUGCACAGAGACAGGUUUGGGCAAAGCGCUUGAAAUGGAAAAGACACGGUGAGAAAUUAUAUCUGAAAUGGGCAAAAAGCAUAGCAGAAGCAGCCAGGAGAGGUGGGAACAACCAACAUGAACUAAAAUGGGAUAGCUUUGACAAGAUAAAAGUUGAACUUGCUGUCAAGCAGCUUCAGUGGGCUGCAGACAAGGAAAGGGAAAAGGAGCUUGCAAAAAUGAGAAGAGAAAAUGCAGCUGAGGCAAAAGCUGAGAAGAUGGCAAGGAUUACCCUGAAGAGAAAAAAGAAGGGAAAGAUGUUUCCUUUACAUGUUGGACCUCAGAUUCACAGAAGGAAGUCAAAAAACAGUCAAGUUGGUAGUCAAGAAGACACAACAACAGGAUAUCGGCCGGCUAUUGAAAAAUGGGAUCCAAAGUUUAUUCAGAGAGAAAAAUUGCGAAAAAAAAUUUCACUUGCUGAUCAGAUCGAAGCUGCAAGGAGCAGAAGAGCAGAAUAUGCAGCACAGAAAUCUCUGGCAGAGUCUAGGAGUCAUCCUUCCAUUGCAUGGUCAAUGGGAGAAGAGAAGAGUUAGCUUAAGGCUCACUACCUGCAGCAUCAGGAGGUAAGAUAAUUGUAGGAAACUGUGAUGUUAUACUUGAUGUCAUGGGUUUAGAUUUGUUGGACCUAGUCAUCCUGUGUAAUUUGGUUGUGUUUAGAAUGGUUCAUGGACAUUCCCUAGCUCUUCAGCUGGGUUUAAGCAGUACAAUGGUGGCAGCAGACUAAACAUCCAUUGGCAUCCCAA